ACGACGACGACGACGACGACGACGACGACGACGACGGAAUGGCAGCGAUGACGGUGAUGGUGGUGAGGAUGGUGACGGUGCCGGUGCAACGUGAAAUGAAAAACGGUGUCCACCCAAUUACCGGCUGAUCAAACUCGCGACUCCAUUCUUAUAUCCCAAGGGAGAGAGAGAGAGAGAGAUCUCGCGUGUCUCGUUAUCUUGACAAUAAUGACGACGAUGAUCAUUCGAAUGUCCACCUCGAUCAUGUUUCCGUUUUAAUCAUCGGAAUCAGGUAAACGUAACGCAAUCGAGAAGAUUCUCGAUGAUACGAGACGGAGACGGCGAUAGUGUGAUGACACGAAUUCAUUAUCACGCAUGUCGACGUCAUCGCACCUACAAUCAUCUUUUCAUUCUGAUUUGUCAGCAAUCGAGGGGUUUGUCAGGGCAUUGAUACGGUGACACGACGAUUCCGAAACCGUCGUCUAUUAGCAGCUACGAAUCUUUCACGUUGAUCCACGUAUACGCUCGGGAUAACCAACGUUGACCUCAUCGCGACGGCGAUCGAUUGCCGUUUAAAAGCCUCACGGGCGUUCGUACGCACCUCGUCGCUGCACGCGCAAACGAUACUACUGCAAACAGGAGUAGUGAUUACAUCAAGGAAGAUUUCGAGACAUUUUAUGAGAGGAACGCUUUCGUACAAAAAGCAAAACUUUCGCGAAUUCAAAUUCCCGUGGACUUAUUUGAAACGCUGAGAAAAGUCGGUGGGAUUCCCUCGCGGUUUCUUCUCGCGGUGACGAACAAUUUCGUUCUAUUGGAUAAAGACGUACGCUUUGUAGUGGUACGCAGGGUGUCGAGCACGGGGUGUCGAGUGCUCGGGCCCUACGGAGAGAAUGUCGAUUGAACGACCGGGUCACUGGAACGAGAAGCAGUCGAGUGGAAACGGUGCUGGUGCGGUGACCAGGUACGACCGAAUUCGGAUCGCGAGGUGCCAGCUGGUGGACUAAUGCAGCCCCGCGAUGAUCGCCGGGGACGAGAAGACGGUGGUGGGUCCCAGGUGGAAGAACUAUGUAAGAGGCGAAACGCGAAGCAGGGGAGACGAGAUCGUCUCGCCGCCGGUGGCGGCGUGGCUCAGGUGCCAGAAGGUGGCAGAAGAGGUGAGGGACUGCGACGGCGAGGUCGAGUCAACGGAUGCGACGACACGUCGCGGUACCGCGAGGAUGACGGCGACGACAAUGACGGUGUCCAGGAACAGCGAGGCGGGCGAUCAACGGAGGUACUCGACGCAGGAGGCCGAGGAGGACGACGAUGGCGGUGGUAGCAGCCGUAGAAAGCGGAAAAAGCGACGGAAAACGCAGCGAAACAAGCAGCAAUUGCAGUUGCAGCAACCGCAGCUGGAGGUCGGCGACGAUCAGCAGCGACCGCAUGCGAUACUCACCCUCGCCUCGUCAUCCGACGAGGUGGAAGCUGUGGGCGAGUGUUCAAAGAGGGAUUCGUCUAGUAGUUUGGGCGGCGGUAGCCGGCACAACACCCUGCGGGAGUCCUUGCUGACGGUGUUGGGCAAGUUGGUAAUUUGGAAGGGCACCAGGUACCGCACCGCCACCGCCGCAUCGUCCUCCUCGUCGGCGCCACCGAAUUCGCCACCCGCCACCGAGUGCAUUGGUCGUAGCACGUCCUUCUUCUCCAGCGAAACAGAGAGGCGGAUUCGCGCCAACAAUCGCGAGUACAACUCACAGUUUAAUUACGCGAAUAAUUACAUCAAGACGUCCAAGUAUUCGGUUCUGACGUUCCUACCAUUGAAUUUGUUCGAGCAAUUUCAGCGGCUCGCUAACUUUUACUUCCUAUGCCUGUUGGUGCUUCAGAUGAUUCCCGCCAUAUCCUCUUUAACCCCUAUCACCACAGCCAUACCGCUUAUAGGGGUACUCACGCUCACUGCCGUCAAAGAUGCCUAUGACGACUUUCAACGGCAUAGCAACGACUCUCAAGUAAACAAUAGGAAAUCCCAGACAUUGCGGGGUACUAAUCUUCGUGAAGAGAAAUGGUCGCAGGUUCAAGUCGGCGACGUAAUCAGGAUGGAGAACGAUCAGUUUGUCGCAGCGGAUGUUCUGCUGCUAUCGACGAGCGAGCCAAAUGGCCUCUGUUACAUCGAAACAGCAGAAUUGGACGGAGAGACGAAUUUAAAGUGUCGUCAGUGCCUGCCCGAAACUGCCGAGAUGAUGGAUAAUCACGAAUUGAUUGGCCAGUUUGAUGGAGAGAUCGUUUGCGAAACCCCUAAUAAUUUAUUAAAUAAAUUUGACGGAACGCUCACGUGGAAAGGACGAAAGUACGCGUUGGAUAACGAUAAGAUUAUUUUACGGGGCUGUGUGCUCAGGAAUACGCAGUGGUGCUAUGGCAUGGUGAUCUUUGCGGGCAAGGAUACCAAACUGAUGCAAAACUCAGGGAAGACCAAAUUUAAGAGGACCUCUAUAGAUAGACUGCUGAAUCUUCUCAUCAUUGGAAUAGUGUUUUUUUUACUUUCUUUAUGUUUAUUCUGUAUGGUCGGCUGUGGUAUUUGGGAGAGUCUUGUGGGCCGUUAUUUCCAAGUGUAUCUACCGUGGGACUCGUUAGUGCCAAACGAGCCCAUAACCGGUGCCACAGUAAUUGCCCUACUCGUGUUCUUUUCGUACUCUAUUGUACUGAACACGGUGGUGCCAAUCAGUUUGUAUGUGAGUGUCGAAGUUAUUCGAUUCGUUCAGUCGUUUUUGAUAAAUUGGGACGAGGAAAUGUAUUACGCACCCACGAAAACGCACGCUAAAGCAAGGACUACCACGUUAAACGAGGAGCUGGGUCAAAUAGAAUACAUAUUCUCUGACAAAACCGGAACAUUGACGCAGAAUAUAAUGACUUUCAACAAGUGUUCUGUGGCAGGCAAGUGUUACGGCGACAUCAUUGAUGAAGUUACCGGCGAAGUCAUCGAUUUAAGUGAGACGGACAAAGCUGUUUCAACACCGAUGAUGCAGUGGAAGAGUGGGCAGGAAUUCGUACGUCCAGUUUAUACACCAUUAAGUGGUCCGAAUGUACGUCUUCUGGAACAAGCAGACAGAGUGUCUAAUACAACACCAGAACCCGGGAUCAACGGCAGCCCAAAGAUUCCACACAAAUCUUCAACAAUGCCACCUUUGGAUUUUUCAUUUAAUAAGGACUACGAACCAGACUUUAAAUUCUACGAUCCGGCGCUACUUGAAGCCGUGAAACGGGAAAAUCAAGAUGUCCACAGUUUUUUCAGAUUGCUUGCACUCUGUCAUACCGUUAUGCCGGAAGAAAAACAUGGCAAGAUCGAAUAUCAAGCACAGUCACCCGACGAAGCUGCCCUAGUAUCUGCAGCUAGAAACUUUGGUUUUGUCUUCAAGGAAAGAUCACCCAAUAGUAUAACGAUAGAAGUAAUGGGAAAGAAAGAGAUAUACGAACUUCUCUGCAUUCUGGAUUUUAAUAACGUGCGAAAGAGGAUGUCCGUGAUUUUAAGAAAAGAUGGACAUCUCCGAUUGUACUGCAAAGGAGCAGAUAGUGUUAUUUAUGAGCGAUUAAAGAAGGACAGCGAAGAAAUAAAGGCGAAAACAUUGGACCAUCUAAACAAGUUUGCAGGCGAAGGCUUAAGAACACUGUGCCUUUCCGUGAGAGAUUUGGAUGAAAGUUUUUUUAAUAAUUGGAAACAACGCCAUCAAGAAGCAGCGUUAAGCCAAGAAAAUAGGGACGACAAGUUGGAUGCAAUUUACGAAGAGAUAGAAAAAGAUAUGUCGUUACUGGGUGCUACUGCUAUCGAAGAUAAAUUACAAGAUGGUGUACCUCAGACUAUCGCCAAUCUGAGUCUCGCUGGUAUUAAACUUUGGGUAUUAACUGGUGACAAACAGGAAACAGCUAUCAAUAUCGGAUACUCAUGUCAGUUAUUGACAGAUGAUCUCACGGAUGUCUUCGUGGUAGACGGCACUACUUACGAUAGCGUAGAGUCGCAAUUAAUGCGAUAUUCAGACACCAUCAAGACGGCAUCGACUCAACAGAAACGGCCAACUCUCUCCAUUGUCACAUUCAGGUGGGACAAGGAAAGUGAUACCGAAUACAAUCCUAGGGACGAACAAGAUGAGCAUGAGAUGGAACAAUCGACAGGAUUUGCAGUAGUUAUCAAUGGACAUUCUUUGGUGCACGCAUUACACCCACAGUUGGAACCGCUUUUUCUAGAAGUAUCUAGCCAAUGUAAAGCUGUAAUAUGUUGUCGUGUGACGCCAUUGCAAAAGGCAAUGGUCGUCGAGUUAAUUAAGAAAAAUAAGUCUGCGGUGACUCUAGCAAUUGGUGACGGCGCCAAUGAUGUCUCGAUGAUAAAAACAGCUCAUAUCGGUGUUGGCAUUAGCGGGCAAGAAGGAUUGCAAGCAGUAUUAGCCUCUGAUUAUUCUAUAGGACAAUUUAGAUUUUUGGAGAGGCUACUUCUAGUUCAUGGCAGAUGGUCGUACUAUAGAAUGAGUAAAUUUCUUAGAUAUUUUUUUUAUAAGAAUUUCGCAUUCACGCUCUGCCACAUCUGGUUUGCUUUCUUCUGUGGAUUCAGCGCACAGACUGUAUUUGAUCCUAUGUACAUUUCCGUCUACAAUCUCUUUUAUACCUCGUUACCAGUCUUGGCGGUUGGCAUUUUCGAUCAGGAUGUUAACGACAAGAACAGUUUAAUGUAUCCAAAACUAUAUGCACCAGGAUUGCAGAACUUGCUCUUCAACAAGAAGGAAUUUUGUUGGAGCGCUUUACAUGGUUUUUACGCUAGUUGUGUAUUAUUUUUAGUACCUUACGGGACAUACAAAGACGGGGUGUCACCCAAGGGUUACGUACUUUCUGAUCAUAUGCUGCUGGGCAGUGUAGUAGCCACUAUAUUAGUUAUAGUCGUGACCGUUCAAAUAGCUCUCGAUACAUCAUACUGGACGAUUUUUAACCACAUUAUGGUGUGGGGCUCGCUCAUCUGGUAUUUUAUUUUAGAUUAUUUCUACAAUUUCGUUAUAGGUGGUAGUUAUGUCGGCAGUCUUACGAUGGCCAUGUCGGAGGCAACUUUUUGGUUCACUACAGUGAUAUCCUGUAUAAUUCUCGUGAUACCGGUCCUGUCAUGGCGAUUCUUCUUCAUGGACGUUAGACCGACGCUGUCCGAUAGAGUCAGACUGAAGCAAAGGCUGGCACAACUGCGUUCUCGUCAAAGCCAGGAUAUACUGCGUACCCCGUCUACGAGACGUACGCGGCGAUCUUUGCGUUCGGGUUAUGCCUUCGCUCACCAAGAGGGCUUCGGCAGGCUUAUUACAUCUGGGAAAAUUAUGCGCAAAUUGCCAAAUGGUGCUGAUUUUAAGUUUUCUAUGCCAUUUACGAACAAUGUUACGAAGCAGGUUAAUGUUGCUACAACAUCACCAAAGGAUAACAGUGCAUCUAGAAAUUCGCACACACUGGACACGAUCAAUUUAUAAUCGUUUAGAUAUUUUAAUCAACUUGGUGGACACUAAAGUACAGAUGACUAGUGAGGUUCUCUUAAUUUACUUAGUUACGGACAUUAAACCAAAAUUAAAUGCGUCGAAUUUAUUGAUCCCGGUGUAUCCCAUUGAAAUCGUGUUCUUUUCUUUCUUUUUUUUUGUGUUAAUUAAGAGUUGCAAGAGCAAGUAGUCGUGUACAGUAUUCGAGAGGAUCUCGAGAAGCAUCAAUAUCUGUGAUUAUUAUAUUUAAUUUAAACAUUUAUUUAUUCGAGGAAAAUUUUGAUCAAUUAGAAUUUUUAUUAUGAUCUAUUUCUAUAAUGGAUGCCUAUGAACAACGAUAAUAAUGUUAAAAUAUAAAUGUAUGUAACUUCGUUAAUACAUACAUCUAACGCAAUGAAUUCCAGUGGGAUACAUUGAGUAUACUAUAAUAGAAGUAGCAUAUGCUAUUUACAUCUAUACAUCACUGUUAAGCAUUUAUAUAUGUUAUAAUUAUUACUUAAAUGUUAUAUAUUUACGUGUUCAAUAUUUUUUAAAUUAUAUUUUUGCACUUUUGCCAAGUACACAGAAUAUGCAUACUUGAUUUAACAUUUUGUUGACACAAUGAUCAUGUACGUAAAUAGUAAUAUAUUUUAUGAUAAUUAUAUACUGUAUAGAAAAAUAGCUUAUGCUACAAUAUAGACUAAAA